AACAAACUCACAAGUUCAACCCUACCAAAAAUAUCUCCCAAUUUUCAUCUCCAAUGGCGUCCCUCUCUCUAUUCUCUAUCCUCUCCUUCACUCUUCUCUCCGCCGCCCUCGCCUCCGCCGAGAGCUUCAUCGACGCCGUCGCCGAAGAUUCCCUGAUCCGGCAGGUCGUCUCCGACGGCGCCGAGGCGGUCGACGAGCUGCUGCACGCCGACCGCCACUUCUCGCUGUUCAAGGCCAGGUACGGGAAGUCGUACGCCUCCCAGGAGGAGCACGACCACCGGUUCUCGGUGUUCAAGGCCAAUCUGCGCCGCGCGAGGCGGCACCAGCUGCUCGACCCCUCGGCCGUCCACGGCGUCACCAAGUUCUCGGAUCUGACCCCCGACGAGUUCGAGAGGAGCUACCUGGGGCUCCACAAGAGGCGGCUGAAGCUUCCGGCGGACGCGAACAAGGCACCGGCCCUACCGACGAAAGAUCUCCCGGAGGACUUUGACUGGAGAGAUCACGGAGCCGUUACUGGCGUUAAAGAUCAGGGGUCUUGUGGCUCUUGCUGGUCUUUCAGUACAACUGGGGCACUGGAAGGAGCUCAUUAUCUGGCCACUGGAGAGCUUGUGAGCCUCAGUGAGCAGCAGCUUGUGGACUGUGAUCAUGAGUGUGAUCCGGAGGAAUAUGGUGCAUGUGAUGCAGGAUGUGACGGUGGACUCAUGAACAAUGCCUUUGAAUACACCCUAAAAGCUGGCGGACUCCAAAAAGAGAAAGAUUAUCCGUACACAGGGACUAACGGCGCCUGCAAAUUCGACAAGAGCAAAAUUGCUGCUUCAGUAUCAAACUUCAGCGUUGUUUCCCUUGAUGAUGAGCAAAUUGCUGCCAAUCUGGUUAAGUACGGCCCUCUCGCAGUGGGAAUAAAUGCAGCUUGGAUGCAAACAUACAUUGGGGGAGUGUCGUGUCCUUACAUAUGUGGGAAACAUUUGGAUCACGGUGUGCUCCUUGUGGGAUAUGGUGCGGGGGGCUUUGCUCCUAUUCGUCUCAAGGAAAAACCUUACUGGAUUGUAAAGAACUCGUGGGGUGAAAACUGGGGAGAAAGUGGAUACUAUAAGAUUUGCAAGGGCCGUAAUGUUUGUGGGGUGGAAUCGAUGGUCUCGGCUGUGAAUGCGGCCCACGUAACAUCUCGAACGCUUCUUAAUUCUCCUAGUAUCAUGCUCAACCCUACUAAUGCAGACGAAAUUCCGGACAGCAGCGCAUAUCCAUUAGGCGUGGACACGACUUAUUUGCGACAUGGACCAUCGUGGGCUAUCGCAAUUUCUAUUCACGAUACAAGAUCUUCAUCAUUCAUUCUUUCACUGAGAGAACCGAUCGUGUAUCACCAUGGCGAACAGAGAACAAAUCCAUCGAUUGGACGAGAGUUUACGUACAUCAAUGAGGACGUAUGGACGAAACAAAUCGUCACACGGAUUACAAGGGUACUGCUCCAUACGAUCGCUAGACGCACGAGAAGGGGCGAUUCAGAUUCGUCGUUGGACGGAUCCACCGAAUUGGAGAAGGAUCUGGAAUUUCUCAAUGAAUUCGCGGAUGGCAAUGACAACAGGUCGAGGUGUUUGAACCAUCGGGAGAAGCGCAGGAGAGAGAGGCCCAAAGUGACUCUACCGACCUUCAACGGGGCAGAUCCCGAUUCACGGCUGAGUCGGGCCAAUCUAUACUUUGAGAUCAACGAAGUACCAAGUUGCAAAGAGAGGCAAACCUUUCUAAUGGAAUACGAGGAUUCCAACGAGGAAGAAAAGAGGAAGUCAGGUGGAAGUAUGAUGCUGAUCAUCGCGAUGAUGACCAAUGGAUGGGAUCAAGGAGUCGAAGAUAAUGCAGUUACUGGUGGUGAUCCGUUUGACGUUAGAGUUGCUAAUGGAGAACGAUUAAGGACCGUAUGUCGUACUAGGAGUUCAAUGGUUGGAAGGAUUAUUGUGGGGUCGGAACAAUGGAGUUUCGGCGAGAUGAGACUAGUCAAGAUAAAAGUCGGGAUCAAUGAUGGAGUCAAGGAGGUGAGCUUAAAAAGCCUGGAUAAAUUGUGGAAGAGCGGCAGUCAUUUCUUUGUUGUUAAACCGGACGGGGUAAACGUGGAGGACGAGUGCACCACGUUAUUGCUCUCAUUCCAGCCCUCGCUUUUGUUGUAG